AUGAACUCCCGUCUCAAAGGCCUUGGAUUCGGUUCCAAACGAAAGUCGAGCGCCGUCGCCCCUACGACUGUCCCCCCGAACACCUCCUCGCCGCCCCAGCCUGCUGUUGGACAGGACCCGACAACCGCUUCGUCCUCCACGUCGAGCCUCCAUAUGAACCAGCCCGGUGCUGUUGGGCGACCGCCGAGCUAUACCAAUAACUAUCCUCCUGCUACCGCUGCAGCGGGUCGCACAACGAGUCCCAUGGUCCCGGGAGCCCCUCGCACUCCGCCCACACAAAUGAUGGGUGGCCCACCACCGAUCAAUACUGCUGGCUCUCCAUAUCCUCCAGGUCACCCUGCUGCCGGUGUUAUGGGUGCGCCGCUGAAUGGAGGACCACCUCAGUAUGGACCACCACAGUAUGGAACCCCCAUUCCGCCUGGGGGCGGCAAUCUACAUUACCCGCACAGAAACAACGCCGUCGAGGUAGAGGGAGCUGGCAGAAAUAAAGCACAACUGAUCGUUGGUAUCGACUUUGGAACUACCUUCUCAGGUGUUGCCUUUGCCUUUGCGACGAACUCAGAAGCCAAGGAAGAUAUCAUCACAGAAUGGCCUGGGGCCGGGUCAUACACAAAGCAGAAGAUUCCGACUGUGUUAUACUACGACAAGUACCAGAAGGUUGUUGGCUGGGGUCCUGACAUCGCUGACGCUUUAGCACCGACUGGAUACCCAAAGCCAGGCGUGCAGAAGGUCGAGUGGUUCAAGCUGCAGCUGAUGCUUUCUGGUAACACCUAUAUCGAUCCUAUUAACCUUCCUCCCCUCCCUCCUGGGAAGUCAGAGAUUGACGUGGCUGCUGACUACCUUUUCAAACUCCGACAAGCCAUGCGAGCCCAGCUGCAGAAAACACUGGGCGAGGUUUUCAACAGAGAAGAGCGGAACAUCCGGUACUAUCUUACCGUCCCUGCUAUUUGGAAUGAUGCUGGAAAGGCUGCGACCAGAGCUGCUGCUAUUCAGGCCGGUUUCUUGCGUGAUGAGAACGAUAACCGGCUUACUCUCAUUACCGAACCUGAAGCGGCUGCAUUGUUCUGUUCAAAGGCCGGCCUCCUGAACCUCAAAGUCCACGAUGCCGUGUUGAUUGUUGACUGUGGUGGCGGAACCGUGGAUUUGAUUGCCUACGAAGUCGAAGAAGAGUCUCCUUUCACAGUAUCAGAGUGCACAGCAGGUUCGGGUGACUCCUGCGGAUCAACCGCCCUCAACCGGAACUUCAGCAACAUCUUAAGAACCAAGAUCCGGAAGAUGAAGCUCCCAGACGGGUCCAGAACUGCCGCCCGAGUCUACGCUAAAUGUAUCAUGGAUUUCGAGAACCGAAUCAAGGCCGAUUUCCGCAACAAUAAUCAAAAGUGGGCCGUUGAUGUUGGUAUCGAGGCCGAGUUCCCAGAAGCAGGUAUAGAGGAGGGUUACAUGACCUUCACGAACGAGGAGAUCCUGCAAUGCUUCGAGCCCGUGGUAAACCGAAUCUUAGAGUUAGUCCGGAACCAGAUCAUCGCCAUUCAAGCUCAGAACCGGACGCUUCAGAACGUGUUGGUUGUCGGUGGAUUUGGUGCUUCCGAAUACCUCUUCCAACAGAUCAAGCUUCACGUGCCUCCCCAGUUCCAAUCCAAGGUUGUCAGACCUAUGGAUUCCGUUGCGGCCAUUGUCAAGGGUGCUGUCACUGCCGGUAUCACUGAGCGAGUUGUUACAUCUCGUGUCGCUCGCCGUCAUUAUCUGAUGGCUACUCUCCAGCCUUUCAAGGAGGGCCACCACCCAGAAGCCUACCGUGUUCCAUCUUUGGAUGGUAAGGACCGAUGCAAGUUUACCCGCCAGCUCUUCGUCCAGAAGGGUCAAAGAGUCAAGAUUGGAGAGCCUGUUAAGGUAUCAUUCUUCAGACAAGUUGCACCAGGUGCAACCUUGAUGUACGAAGAUAUCUUAUACGCUUGCGAUGAUGAUGUCUGCCCCGAAUAUACCAAAGACCCUCGCAUCAAGGAAGUUGUCACGCUCACCUCAGAUCUCUCGCGCAAGAAUCUCGAGAAGGACUUCGAGCGAAUGGACACACCGCAAGGCACUUUCUACCGAGUGUACUUCGACAUCUAUCUCACACUGGACGGAUCAGAAUUCAACGCCGAGCUGGUGUGCCAGGGAGAAGUGAUGGGACGUUGCACGGCCAGAUUUAAAUGA